AUGGCUAGCUUUUUUCGGCAACAGGCAACACUUCACCAGACGCCGUUUUACCUAUAUGAUGAAGCUCGCAUUCGCGAGAACUGCCGGCGUCUUCUCGCCGCUUUUUCCUGGGCGUCCGAGCCCUUUUCAACGUCUCAGUCUGCUCUGGAGAAUGUACCUCGCUCUCCUCGCGAGGCACUCGAGAACCGGCUUGGUGUGCGCGCCGCCUCUCCCAGCGGUGCCUUCACGAACUACUUUGCUGUCAAGGCGACUCCGACUCCGGCGAUUCUCGAGAUUCUCAGAGAAGAGGGCCUAGGUGCGGACUGCAGCAGCUUGGCAGAGCUGUUGCUCGCGGAGGCUGCGGGAUUCAGAGGAGAACGCAUCUUCUUCACUUCCAACGAUACGCCUCUCGAAGAAUUUCUGAAAGCGCGAGACUUAGGCGCAAUCAUCAACCUAGACGAUGCUUCACAUCUGGACUUCCUCCAUGAAAAGCUCGGAGGCGCCUUGCCAUCUAUCUUGUGCUUCCGUUUCAACCCUUCAGCGGAAUCACGCCAGGCAACUGUCCAAAGCAAUCCGAUGAUUAUGGGUCGUCCAGAGGAGUCAAAAUUUGGAAUGACAAAGACGCAGCUCUUUCGCUGCAUCUCUCGGGCACGCGCCUGGGGUGUUUGUCGCUUCGCGCUGCAUGCCAUGAUUCUGUCGAAUUCCCUCUCGGUGGACGAAGUUGUGGAAACGGCUCGCCUCCUACUAACCGUGGCAGCGGAGAUCAAAGAGAGACUCGGCACCACGAUAGAGAUGAUCAAUCUAGGAGGGGGAUUCGGAGUGCCCUACCGUCCGGAAGAAAAGGAUCUUGACCUUCACGAGGUCUCUGCACGCAUUCGGACCUGGUACAAAUGUACCCUCGCUCUCCAAGGUCUUGCUGGCACUCGAAUCGUGACCGAAAACGGGAGACUCAUUACAGCCGACGCGGGUGUCUUGGUAACCAGAGUCAUUCAUCAGAAGAAGACCUACAAACGUUUCGUUGGCGUUGAUGCGUGCAUGGCUCACUUAAUGCGCCCCGGCAUGUAUGGCGCCUACCACCAUAUCUCUGUUGUUCCCGACAGAGACCGUCACGACCCCCGACUGCCUUCGAGAAGGAACCUGUUUUUCUCUCCAGAUGACGAGGAUGAAGAAGCAGGCGUCAGCGACGACGCAAUAUACGACGUUGUGGGUGGUCUGUGUGAGAACAAUGACAAAUUCGCUGUCGAUCGUCCACUUCCUCGCGUAGAUAUAGGCGACCUUCUUCUCAUCCACGACGUAGGCGCACAUGGUCACUCGAUGUGCUUCAACUACAACGGCCGCCUCAGAUGCGCGGAGUACCUAAGGCGCCUGAACGGUGAAGUUGUAAUGAUUCGGCGCGCUGAGACACUGAACGACCUUUUCGCGACGAUCCAAGAGCCUUCACUGCCUUGCGGGUUAUCUCUGCUCUUUGCCACCAAUCACUACGAGGCUUCUACCUGUGCUGUUUCCUUGCCGACUCUUCCCCACUGCUUCUUCUGGCGUCUGGCCUCGUCGCUGAGCUCGUCGUGGUGGACUCGCCGAUUGACAUCACAGGCGUCUUCUCCGUCUGCUGUACUGCUCUGGAGAAGGUCGUGCUUUGUGGCAAUUCUAGCUGGCGCAGCCGCUCUUGCCACGUUCAGCUGUCUUUUCUCGUUGAGAAUCGCAAGGAGGCGAUAG